AUGUUGGAGGUGGAGGGGGUGCUGGUGGACGUGGAGAAAGUUGCAGGCCCUUGCCCGAGGUCCAGAGACUGGCAUAGGCCAGAGUCAGGGCCUGGGAUCCUUGCCCAGCCGCCUUCCACCGGGCCAGCCUCCCCGGAAGGCCAGCUGGGUGUUACGGCUCCGGCCCUGCCUUUGUCCUGUUCCGUCGUGUCUGCGCGCCGUCGUGCUGGAUGCACCGUGACCGCUGCUCAGUCUCCCGGGGGAAGGUCGUGUCUGCCCUCCUUUCAGCUAUGCUUGGUUUUUGUACAGGUCACCACGAAUGGCCUAAUUGCCGUGAGUGAACCCCCCGCCGAGGAAUCCCAUCCUGGGCUCUUCCCACCGACCUUCGGAGCGGUCGCCCCUUUCCUGGCCGACCUGGACACGACAGACGGCCUGGGGAAGGUGUAUUACCGGGAAGACUUAUCCCCCGCUGUCCUUCGGCUGGCGGCAGAGUGUGUCCAGAGAGGGUUCCCAGAAGUCUCUUUCAAGCCCAGUGGCGUGGUGGUUGUCACUUGGGAAUCUGUGGCUCCCUACCAAGGACCCAGCGAGGACCCUGCCCAGGAGGAGAAGAGAAACACGUUCCAGGUGGUUCUGGCCUCGUCUGAGUCCAGCUCCUACGCCAUCUUCCUUUAUCCUGAAGAUGGUCUGCAGUUCCAUACGACCUUCUCCAAGAAGGAUGAGAACCAGGUUCCCGCGGUGGUCGCCUUCAGCCAAGGUUUAGUGGGAUUGAUAUGGAAGACGGAUGGAGCUUAUAAUAUAUUUGCUAACGACAGAGAAUCAAUUGGAAACUUGGCCAAGAGCAGCAACUCCGGGCGGCAGGGCAUCUGGGUGUUUGAGAUUGGGAGCCCGGCCACCGCCAGCGGCGUGGUGCCCUCGGACGUGAACCUUGAAGUGGACGACGGCGCAGAGUAUGACGAUGAAGAUUAUGACUCGGUGACACGUCUGGGCCUGGAGGACGUGGGCACCACAUCCUUCCCCUUUGAGGCUCCAAGAAGGGGAGACGCUGGCACGCACAAUGUGCCCAGCGUCCUCUCCCCGCGCCGCCUGAGCACUGAGAGACCCCUGGGACCCCCCACGGAGAGGACCAGGUCUUUCCAGCUGCCGGUGGAGAGCUUUCCCCAGCAGCAGCCGCAGGUCAUAGACGUGGACGAAGUUGAGGAAACAGGAGUUGUUUUCAGCUACAACACGGAUUCCCGCCAGACGUGCGCCAACAACAGACACCAGUGCUCGGUGCACGCCGAGUGCAGGGACUUCGCCACCGGCUUCUGCUGCAGCUGCGUGGCCGGCUACACGGGGAACGGCCGGCAGUGUGUUGCAGAAGGUUCCCCACAGCGAGUUAACGGCAAGGUGAAAGGGAAGGUCUUUGUGGGGAGCAGCCCGGUUCCCAUUGUCUUUGACAACACCGACCUCCACUCCUACGUGGUGAUGAACCACGGGCGCUCCUACACGGCCAUCAGCACCAUUCCCGAGACCGUCGGGUACUCUCUGCUUCCUCUGGCCCCCAUUGGAGGCAUCAUUGGAUGGAUGUUCGCAGUGGAGCAAGGUGGAUUCAAGAAUGGGUUCAGCAUCACAGGGGGCGAGUUCACCCGCCUGGCCGAGGUGACCUUUGUGGGGCACCCGGACAAGCUGGUCAUUAAGCAGCAGUUCAGCGGCAUUGAUGAGCACGGACACCUGACCAUCGACACGGAGCUGGAGGGCCGUGUGCCGCUGAUCCCCUUUGGCUCCUCGGUGCACAUCGAGCCCUACACGGAGCUGUACCACUACUCCCGCCAGGUGAUCACCUCCUCCUCCACCCGGGAGUACACGGUGACGGAGCCCGAGCGGGACGGCGCCGCCCCUUCGCACGUCCACACCUACCAGUGGCGCCAGACCAUCACCUUCCAGGAGUGCGUCCAUGACGACUCCCGGCCGGCCCUGCCCAGCACCCAGCAGCUCUCGGUGGACAGCGUGUUCGUCCUGUACAACCAGGAGGAGCAGAUCCUGCGCUACGCUCUGAGCAACUCCAUCGGUCCUGUGCGGGAUGGCUCCCCUGAUGCCCUUCAGAAUCCUUGCUACAUCGGCACACACGGGUGUGACACCAACGCAGCCUGUCGCCCCGGCCCCGGGACACAGUUCACCUGCGAGUGUUCCAUUGGCUUCCGGGGAGACGGACGCAUCUGCUACGAUAUCGAUGAGUGUUCGGAACAGCCAUCGGUGUGUGGGAGCCACGCGAUCUGCAACAACCACCCAGGGACCUUCCGCUGCGAGUGCGCGGAGGGCUUCCGGUUUUCAGAGGAGGGAGCGUGUGUGGCCAUCGCGGACCAGCGCCCCAUCAACUACUGCGCGUCUAACCUCCACGACUGCGACAUCCCCCAGCGGGCCCAGUGCAUCUACCUGGGGGGCUCCUCCUACACCUGCUCCUGCCUGCCCGGCUUCUCCGGGGACGGCCGAGCCUGCCAAGAUGUGGACGAAUGCCAGCCAAGCCGAUGUCACCCAGAUGCCUUCUGCUACAACACUCCAGGCUCCUUCACGUGCCAGUGCAAACCGGGUUAUCAGGGAGAUGGCUUCCGCUGCACUCCUGGAGAAGCGGAGAAAACCCGAUGCCAGCUUGAGCGAGAACACAUCCUCGGGGCGGCGGGGGCGGCGGACCCCCAGAGGCCCCGGCCGCCGGGGCUGUUCCCAGGAGCCACUGUGCCAGGUAUUAAAAGUUCUGCAGGUCUGAGCACCGUGGCUCCCCCGAUUCACCAUGGACCCCCGGUUCCUACCGCCGUGAUCCCCCUGCCCCCCGGGACCCACCUCCUCUUUGCGCAGACGGGGAAGAUAGAACGCGUCCCCCUGGAGGGAAGCACCAUGGUGAAGACCGAGGCCAAGGCGCUGCUUCACGCCCCGGACAAAGUCAUCAUCGGGCUGGCCUUUGACUGUGUGGACAAGAUGGUUUACUGGACCGACAUCAGCGAGCCUUCCAUUGGGAGAGCCAGUCUGCAGGGCGGAGAGCCGACCACCAUCAUCCGGCAAGAUCUCGGAAGCCCGGAAGGCAUCGCUCUUGACCAUCUUGGCCGCAACAUCUUCUGGACGGAUUCUCACCUGGAUCGGAUCGAAGUGGCAAAGCUGGAUGGCUCCCAGCGCCGGGUCCUAUUUGAGACCGAUUUGGUGAAUCCCAGAGGCAUCGUAGCGGAUUCCGUGAGAGGGAACCUUUAUUGGACAGAUUGGAACAGAGACAGCCCCAAAAUUGAAGCUUCCUACAUGGACGGCUCACACCGGAGGAUCCUUGUGCAGGACGACCUGGGCUUGCCCAACGGGCUCACCUUUGAUGCCUACUCAUCUCAGCUCUGCUGGGUGGACGCAGGCACCCAUCGGGCCGAAUGCCUGAAGCCCAGUCAGCCCAGCAGACGCACGGUUCUUGAAGGUCUCCAGUAUCCUUUCGCUGUCACGAGCUAUGGGAAGAAUCUGUAUUACACAGACUGGAAGACGAGUUCUGUGGUUGCCGUGGACCUUGCUGUUUCCAAAGAGACGGACACCUUCCACCCUCACAAGCAGACCCGGCUGUACGGCAUCGCCGCCGCUCUGUCGCAGUGUCCUGAAGGUCACAACUACUGCUCUGUGAACAAUGGCGGCUGCACGCACCUCUGCUUGGCCACCCCCGGAGGCAGGACCUGCCGUUGCCCUGACAACACCCUGGGCGUUGACUGUAUUGAGCUGAAGUGAAGUGAAGACCAGGGGGCCGAGUUCCCUCUCCAAGUAUUUCACAGCCACACCCUACUUGAAAGGGUCCAAACUGCCUGACGUGGUGGCUCUGUGGCCACCAAGCCCAGGCCCAACCCAGCCUGUGCCCCAACUGGAAUGGGACAGCCCCUGCCGCUACACAAAGACAGAGACCUCCCUGAUCCCAACCCUCAGACAAGCCCACACAGCCCGAGGGAGGGUUAGAUGCCGUCCCGGCGCUCCAGACCCUUCCCCAGCCUCCACUCCCCGGGCCUGCGCUGCCCCUUCCCGGGGGCCUUGCGAGCUCAGCCUCGCCGAGACGCCCAUCGUCUGGUCAGCUGCUGGACACAGCAGCCAGGGUCGUCUAGGCAAGGCUGUGAGGGAGGCAGGGAGUUAGCCCCCCUUACUUCUCUUGGUGCUCUGGUUUUCCUCUUUAUCCUUCUGACCUUUCACCCUGGAAUCCUGUACCACCCGCACCCUGCCCAAGGCCCACCUUUUAGCGAGCCAACCUUGCCUUUGGAUCAAAGCCCAGCCUGUCCCAGGGACGCAUCAGCGUUUGGUAGGUCAUACUGAGCAGCCCCUCCCGGGUGCGUCACUGGCGUCUCCGCAGUGGCCUUUGGUAGUGAAGGGCUUAAAUCACAGGAGCAUCUAGUGGGAAGGAACUGCAAGGUGUCAAGUCAGAUGUUUGAGGAUGGGGAUUCUACUGAUGUGCCUUAAAUGAUACCAAAGAUCACCAAAUUGUCCCCCUGUGUCCAAAGUGCUUAGAUGCCAGCCCCUGGUCUCCUGGGCAUCGCAGCCCCACCAUGGCACCUGUGCCCAGCCCCCUCAUGGAGACCCACCCGAGACACGGGCCGGGGCCAGUGGCAGUGACGUCCCCCUGUCGUCCCUCACCUCUGGCCUCCACUCCUGAGAGCCAGUCUGCAGCCAGCCAUGACCCUGCUCCUCCUUUGUCUCCCCUUCUGUCCAUGGCCCUUGCUGUCCGUAUUCUCAGCUGAAGACAUAAUCCAGGAGGGUCAAGUUGGAUAUUUAUAUAUGACCCCAACCCUUUACUGCUCAUUGGUGUAAUUAAAAGGACCAUUGCCACAUUUCAUGUUCAUGUUUCUCCAGUUGGUUUAGAAAACAUCUCCUGAUCACAUGAGUAGCUAGUGUUAUUAUUUUUUUUAAUGAGCUGCUUCCCAGAGUCCUAGAAGAGUGGAAAUUUUGGAUUGGUUGCUGAGCAUCAGGAGGUUGAGUCAGUGAAGUCUGGGGUGAGGGAGCAGAGAAGACCCCAUGACAGUAUCGCAAAGAGAUCAACCAGAAGCAGGAAUGGAAACCCCAGAGUAAAGGCAGAGGAGGGGAUUUAACAGAAGUGGGAAGAAAACCUUUUAAAUAACCCCAAAGGGAAAACGGCAUAUUCUUUGCCAAAGAACACUAACACGCAAGACCGCGGAAGAAAUGGCCUGGUUUUCUCCUUCAGGGGGCGAUCCCUCUGCUUAUCUGCAAAGCUCAGCACACGUAGCCCCCCCACCCCCUUACCUGCAGCACACGAGCCUGAAUUGAGAGAGAGUGUUUCCCGGAAUAAUUGGAGUUUGACUUGAGAGGCAGGUAUAUCCCCAAGCAUCACAAGGUUUGGAGAACAUAUGGAUCUUUUGUUUCAUAUCGUUCCACCCCAUUAAUUAGCUUCACUUUGUUUUUAUAUUUAUCACGCCCCCUAUAUCAAAUGUUCUGUCGUAAUUUUUUGUAUAGUUUUUAUAACUUUUAUUCAUUUCACUAGAUUCAUUCUAAACCGUUUUAAAUGGUAAAUUCUUAAACUGUGGAAACCGUUGAAGGUGCUUAUUAACUCUUCCCCCAGAUUUGUACAAGUAUUGGAUGAUUCCUUGAGUUUACAGCUGUAUAAAUACUAGUGCAGAAAAUAAAUUUUUUU